AGGCCCAGGCCUAGUAGAGGGAGCGAGGGAGCGUCGCCAGUGGGCCGGAUGGGCGAGGCAGAUGGAUAAGGGAGUGAGGGGGGCUCGCACUCCCGUGUCGCUUCGGCUUCCUCCGCUCGCCAUUUUCCGUCCCGAACCGAACCAAACCGCAGGCAGGCGCACGCCCACCAACCAAAUAACACCACACGCCUCCUUCCCUCCCCUCCCCACCCCGCCCCCCCCUCGCCGCCGCCACUCGCCACCGCCGCCGCAGCGGCCCUCCCUCCCUCCCCGCCGCCCUCCUCCUCGCCGCCCGCCCCGGCCGCCCCAAGUUAUUUGCUGGCCAUUGGAGUACUCGGUUGAGGAAUACCUAAAAAGGAGUUACUUGUAAAUUUUCUGCUGCAUCCAAUUCCUCCCAUAUAUUUUUUCUGGCAUUGGCAAGAAUGUCAGAAAGUGAGUUAUCAGUAAUAAAACCAGAGUCGUUGAAGACUUAUAUUUGGCUUCAGUGCUUUGAUGGAUCCAUACAGCAAGUGGAGGAAGAGGUUGCCAUGUUCUGCCCUAUGAUAUGUCGAGAAAUUGUCAAAAAUGGAACAGGAUCAUCCAAAAAUCAUGCUAUUGCUCUCCCAGAAAGAGUUAAUCCAUCAAGUUUGAGUUUGAUUCUUGACUAUUGUCGGUUUCAUCAAGUCCCAGGGCGCUCCAACAAGGAGCGGAAGUCAUUUGAUGAGAAGUUUGUUAGGAUAGACACCGAAAAACUUUGUGAGCUGACAUCUGCAGCUGACAGUCUUCAAUUAAAGCCAUUGGUUGAUCUUACUAGUCGAGCACUUGCUCGAAUCAUUGAAGGGAAGACACCUGAGGAAAUCCGUGAUAUUUUUCAUUUACCAGAUGACUUAACGGAGGAAGAAAAAUUGGAGCCACUGAAAAAUAUAAACGAUGAUCCCAGGAUUCGCUUAUUGAAUCGAUUGUAUGCAAAGAAACGGAAAGAACUACAGGAGCGCCAGAAACUAAAGGAUAUUCAGGUACAGCAAGAGCAAAAGGAUGAGCGAUCUUUGGACGAGUUACUUUGUUUUAUAAAUGGGGAUGGAGGUUCUGGAGGUGGGAAAGCUGGUAAGAAUAAGAAAAAGAACAAGAGAAGGAAGGAUCCGAAGAACCUCCCAAAGGCUGACCCUGAACAUGAGGAAGGUGCCCGUGCGGUACCAUGCAAUGCGGGUGCUGUUAAUAAUAUUUCUAGAGCUCCUUGCCCAAGUUCAGAUGUGCAAGAUGAUAAUGAGUACCCCUUUGAAGAUGGUGAUCUUGAUGAUGGACUUGAUCCUGCAAUGCAGGAAGAGCUUGAUAGGGAAGUUGAAGAUUUCGCUAGGAGGCUGAAUUCUGUUUGGCCUGAAAGAAUGCAUUUGGGUCAAGAAAGAAGAAUUGAGUCGCAGCUGAUUGGUGGUAAUGGUUCUCUGCAGAGAUUUUCUGGGUUCAAUCACAGGUGAAUGGCGUGCGGCAGGAUGAGCAAGCUGAAGCCUAGGAAACUUGUGCACAUACAGCUUCGAAGAGAGGUAGAGACCGAAGUGAGCAGCUGCUGCCGAAAAGGCCUUGAAACUCGGAACCGAGCUUGCAGACAAUGUGCAUCUGUUUCCCUUUGCCAUUUCUGGCGCAGGGUCCGGCUCGUCAAAGUUGGGAUGAAGCAUAGCAAGGUUUUAGAUAGAUCAAGGGGGAAAAUUUUCCGGUCCGGUCGUGUUAUUUCUUGGAUAGCGUUUGUUCAUUCUGGGUCGACUCUGUUUUUUCCGUCGUCGCAAUUUUCCUGGACAGAGCAGAGUGUGCAACUGUAAGAAAUGAUGAUGUCGUCACUGCUGUGAAAGAAAUUCCGUUGGUUGGUACUUA